AGUUGAUGUUUAAAUUGCAAGCGCGGGUGGUGUCGGGGGAGGGUGACUUCAGGGGGUAGUGGUAUGAGUGGAAUGGAAUUCAGUGUACAGAGUGGUGUGUCUAUCGAAUAGUGAAAUUGUUUAGGUGCAGAACAAUAAGUGCUUAUUGAUUAAUAUCUGAGGUACCAAGCCAAAUCGACUUAUUGAAAUGAAAGUAGGCGUACAUUGUAGAUGUUCAUCAUGUUACCCGGCGCCAACAAAAAGGCGAGUGAAGAAGCGUAUUCCUGUAAAAACUCUGUUAACUCUCCCAGAAGAUGUACUUCUUUACAUUUUGCAGUGUCUUUCAGCUGAGGAUUUACCGUCUGUUCGGCUGGUACACUCGCAUCUUCGAGAUCUCAUCGACAGUCACACAAGUGUUUGGGCAAGAGCCAGAUUUCAAGAUGUGUGGCCAUCACCAGAGAAUAUCUGGAUUUUUGAACGUGCUGCACACAGUGGAAAUUUUGGCGCAGCAGUUAAAUUGGGCAUUGCUUACCUUUACAAUGAAGGGCCAUCUGUGAGUGAUGAGGGACGUGCAGAGGUGUGUGGAGAAAAGGCUUCUCACUAUUUUAGCCUUGCUGAGAGCUUGCGGAUACCUCCUGAACCUUUCACCUGGCUGUUCAUAAGACCACCCUGGUCUCCAACUGGUAGCUGCUGCAAAGCUGUGGUGUUUGAAAGCAUGAAGCAAGAAAGCAUGGCUUGGCCUUCAAUGAAAGGAACCCUUUUGCACUGUUUGGCCAGAGUGCUUCUGCUCUUUGAUGAUGAAGACAAGCACAACAAAGCUCUUGCAAUGCUAGAGGAAUCCUCUAAACAUGGAUGUCUGCAAAGCUCUUUUCUGCUCUGGGACUCUACUUGCAAGAUUGCAAUAUCUGAUCCUGGACGAUAUCUUCAGAGCCUUCGAACUCUCAGAGAUUAUGCCACCAAAGGCUGCUGGGAAGCACAGUUGGCACUUGCUAGAGCGUGUGUAAGCAGGAACCAGCUGGGUUUGGAACAGAAAGGUUGCAGUGACUUGGUGUCUCAAAUUUUCCAGUCAUCUUCUCUCAACAAGCCAUCCAAGCUGAAUGGGGUGAAUAACUUUAUGAGGUACAUUCUUGUGGAUUGGCUAGUAGAAGUUGCCACAAUGAAGGACUUCUCCAGUCUGACCCUCCACAUAACUGUGUCCUGUGUUGAUCGUUACCUACUAGUCUCCUGUGUUGAUAAAACUAGGCUGCAAUUGCUAGGGAUUGCUUGCAUGGUUAUCUGUACACGAUAUACGAGUAAAGAGAUUCUUACCAUAAGAGAAGCAGUAUGGCUAACUGAUAACACAUACAAGUAUGAAGAUUUGGUUAGAAUGAUGGGAGAAGUCAUCUCUGUUCUUGAAGGCAAAAUACGGAUGCCCACUAUUCUUGAUUAUGGUGAAGUGUUGUUGUCUCUGUGUUCUCUGGAAAAGAGAAGUGAAAACCUUUUCAAAUACAUCUGUGAGCUUUCGUUGCUCCACACGAACUUCUCGCUCUUUUCUCCUGCUCUUUUGGCAUCGGCAGCUUUUUUGCUUACUAGGAUAUUGCAUGGAUAUGCUCUCCCAUGGUCCUUCCAAUUAUCUGAAUUUACGGGGUUUUCUCUUCAGGAUUUGACCAUAUCUGUCCUCAGUCUUCAUAAGAAAUGCUUCCAUGAUGAAGUACCUAAGGAUAAUAGAAGUAUGUCUUUGACUGGAGUGCAGCAGAGAUUUGAAGACGAUUCUUACCAGCAGAUCAGUAAAGAAAAGGUGAUGGUCUUCAGUGAAUUGUGUGCAAUUUUAGAAGUGGAAGAAGAUAUCUUGUGCAAAUCUGAGCCUCCUCUCGCUAACACUAAAUCUGCUGGUGAUAUCCAUGCAUUCCUCACUUCUCCAUCCAGUAAAAACAAAAGGAGGAAAGAGGAACAUAUUCCUGAAGAUCGGGAUAAUCUUCUUGUCACACCAACAGCGGAACUUUCUGCACAAGAGGAGACUUUAUUGGGGGACUUCCUGGACUGGAGUUUAUCCUGUUCCUCUUCAGGAUAUGAAGGUGACCAGGAGAGUGAGACAGAGGAAGGGGACAUUACCAUUCCUGUUGGAGUGCUGGAUUUGGAAGCAACAUGUUCAAAUGAUCAUGUUUGUUGCAGUGUGUCAAGUGAGGAUGAGAGCUACUUACCUGAACUAGGUGUUAACAACAAUGUAGGAGCAACAGGGUGUAAAGGCAUCUUUAGGACUCGCAAGUCAUCCCUUCAGAAAACGAGGGAAAGCUUAGGAGACUUUAGCUCAGGGUACUCAUCUGUCAAUGCUACAAGCCCUAUUGGUCUCUCUGAAGUAUCAGGAACACUAAGAGGAAAUUCAAAUUCCACUGUAUCUGUUCUGGCACAAGUGCUAUCCAAAAAGAGUCACAGACAAGACGUACGCCGACAAAUAAAAAGGAAAAAUGGAGCUGAACACAGUGGGGAGGAAAUGGGUAUCAGUUUUUAGAGCCUGGCAUAAAACCAGCCUAAUUAUCUGAGAGUUAUAGCAGACUGUCCUGUUCUAACACCAAUCGACAGUGUCCACAAUAAAUCCAAACUGAAUGGUUUUGUUUUGGGUGUACCACAAUGGAUGCUCCUGGAAAGCCAAACCCUGGAGGUGAAAAACUCUGAAUUCUUGGAUGCAACUGCUAUGCUUAUUACUCCUUGAAGUUUGGGACACAAUACCAAAAUCUAUUGACACCUCAGAAAACUGGCACAAUUAUUUAUGUUUACUUUUGCAGAUGAGUCAUUGUGCAAGCCAGGGUGUGAUGAAUUUUAAAUAGUAACAUUAAUUCUAUGACAUACUGUACAUCAGUAUAUGUGGAACUAUGAAUAGUUUACUUGAACAUUAUUUGUUUCUAACUGUGAUCUGCCAGUAUUGCACUCAUUUUCAUUCUCCCUUUCAAUGGUUGCACUUUUAGAUAAAAGGAGUUUGUGCCACUCUGUUCACAGUACUGUACUAUAAGAGAGGGUGCCUUUCUUUUAUGUUUUUCUUCUAAUGAGUUGCAGAACUAAGGUUUAAAAGCUUUAUUCCACACCUCUGACAAUUAUGUACCAUCUACCCCUUUAUGUUUAUAUUUGUGCCGGAAAACAGUACAAUCUAGACCACUGCCAUAUUUGUUUUGGAUUAUGUUUUGUCAUUUAAACUUGUCAAAUGCUGAUCUUUGGUUUGCACCCCGGUCAGGGAAUUUUUCUGCUGUUGGUAACAAAUUUCUCUGAUUAACACUGACCAGAUGUUUUUUUUUUUUACCAUAAUUAAUACAAUACCUUAACUCCCUACCAACCCUUAAAAGAAAUUCAUGUAACUGUAAUUAUUUAAAUCCAAUAAUGUCCUUAACUACGUGGUCUUAAUGAGCAGUUUAUGGCUUUGCUCAGCAUUAAGGGAAAAUUUAAACAUCAAGCGUUAUAUCUUGAAGAUGUUUUUUUUUUUUUUUUAUUUUAAACCAUUACUUAAAUUUACAAAAUAACUCAAAAGCUUUGUAAUUGGUGCAAAAAAGAGAGAAUGAAGAAUUGAUGAUAGAAGGCAGCUAAAGAGGCUUUAUUAUUGUGCAGGUCUUGAAGUAUGUCAAAUUGAGACCUUAUUUAUUGGCUAAUAUUCUGCCAGAUGCUGUAAAUUGUUAAAUAUUUGGAUAAUUAUAACAGGUAUUUUCUACUUGCAUCAAAUUUCUUAGUAAACGAACUUGAAGCAGGGAAAUGUCUUGAAGGGGUGACCCUCAAUUGCAGGGACAAUCUAAUCAUGGUUCAGGUAAUGUAUUAUCAUACAUUUAUUAAAUCAAAGACAUACAUCUCCUCUUGAUGUAAACCAUCUUACAGUAUCUGCCAUUUGUCAGUUCCGGGUUUUGUUCAAAGAAUCGGUUACCACAAUGUACCUUCAUAGUUUUUAGAAGAAAGUAGGAACAAAUAUUAAAAGUGAGUGAUUGUAAAACUUUGUUGCAUACUAAGGGCAUUGUGGCCCACUCAUAUCUGAGACAAUAAUGUUUUUUUUAUGUUUACAUGUACACAGUGUUGUACGCUUGCUGUCUGUUUGUUGUCUUGGUACUGAAAUGUGAAUACUUCUCUGACCUGUAAUUCUGCAUGUUUCCAUGUACAUGUUUUCAGAUGAAAUGCACAAUUUUCCAGAGAUUUUGGUGUUUGCAAAUGGGUUUUAUAUAUGGUUUAAAUGUUCUAUGCACACUCCUUGGUAGGAGUUGCACCGUCUUCAAAAAGAAAAAAAAAAGAGCACCUGAAUAUUAAUAAGGAAUGUAAAUAUUUCUGUGUUCCAGUGUUUAAAAAAAAAAAAAAAAAAAAAAAAUUGCUCUUGCUUUUGUCUCAUUUGGAAUCAUUAGAAUUGUAUUAAGAGCUGAUAAAAUGAUUGGAAGUGAUUUAAAGUUUUCUUUUUCUUCCAAGGAAUUGUUACUUCUUAAUGACAUUUUGGGCUUCAGGAAAGAAUGUUGGCUAGCUAUGGCCUUAACAUAAACUAAAAUUCUGGAUUAGCACAAUCUUUUUAAACAGUGUUGGUAUUUCAUCUCUUUUUACACUUAGUAUUUAACUUUAUACAUUGUAUUAACAUACAACAUAGGCAGAUGCCUCAAUGGGCUUGAACUCCAGUCAAGUUUCAUUCAGUUUGAAUUUCCUACUUAUGGAUGACACCCUACCCCCAACCCUACGGUGUAUGUUCAAAGACAAGCACUUGCAGCAAAUUGAGUUCUUCAUCUAAAUUGAUCUUGUUUGUGAUUGGGAGUGUGGACAGCCACUUCUAAGAGAAUGAUGUGCAUUUAUUCUUGGGAAGACAGCAAAAUCCUACCAGGUGGAAAUUUAAUAGAUGAGGUUCUUUGAGGCAAGUUGUAAACUUGUGAGCAAUGAGGAAAUCUUAAUUGUAUUUAAGGCCUUUUCAGCAUGCAAGAAGCAAGAUGUAGUGCUGUAUAAAACAACAUGUGCAACUGAAAAUACAAUAAAAUGUAAGCAGAA